AUGUUCCGCAGCGCGAUUGCGGCAUCUGCGCGUCCUGCCUUCUCUCACAGAACUGCCACGACACUCUCGGCGGGUUUCCCAAAACUAACGCAAAGAUCACCAACGAAAUAUGGCGGCGUAUAUACCGUUACACUUAUACCCGGUGAUGGUAUUGGCCAAGAGAUCACCGACUCUGUGAAGGAAAUUUUCGAGCAUGUCAACGCUCCCAUUGAAUGGGAACAAUAUGAUGUCUCUGGUAUGUCUUCAUCAGGAGAAGCUCUCUUCAAGCAGGCCAUGGAAAGUCUGAAGAGGAACAGAGUGGGUUUGAAGGGCAUUCUUUUUACCCCCAUCUCUCAAUCCGGUCACAUCUCUUGGAACGUAGCAAUGCGCCAGCAACUGGAUAUUUAUGCCUCCGUUGUUCUUUGCAAGUCUCUACCAGGAUUUCCUACCCGUCAUUCCAAUGUUGAUUUUGCUAUCAUUCGAGAGAAUACGGAGGGUGAGUAUUCUGGCUUGGAGCACCAAAGUUAUCCCGGUGUGGUCGAGAGCUUAAAGGUCUCCACUCGCGCCAAGGCUGAACGUAUCUCGCGUUUUGCCUUUGACUUUGCCCUGAAAAACAACAGAAAGAAAGUCACUUGCGUGCAUAAAGCUAACAUCAUGAAACUUGGUGAUGGCCUUUUCCUCAACACGUUCCGGCGCGUCGCGGAGGAGUAUAAAUCAUCUGGUAUUGCAUUCAAUGACAUGAUCGUCGACAACACUUCGAUGCAGCUUGUCGCGAAGCCCGGCCAGUUCGAUGUCAUGGUCAUGCCAAACUUGUACGGUGCCAUUGUUUCGAAUAUCGGCGCAGCCCUUGUUGGUGGCCCUGGCAUCGUCCCAGGUUGUAACGUUGGAAGGGAUUACGCGCUGUUCGAACCGGGAUGUCGCCACGUCGCGAACGAUAUCAUGGGUACUAACAAGGCUAACCCUGCUGCUAUGAUCCUAAGUGCGACGAUGAUGUUGAGACAUCUGGGACUUGACUCUAUCGCCAACAACAUUGCAAGCGCGACCUUCGGUGUCAUCAAUGCAGGAAAAGUUAGAACCGUCGACAUGGGAGGGUCUGCCACAACCUCGGAGUUCACUUCCGCAAUUAUCAAAAAUCUUUAA